CGACAGGAUUUGUUUGAUUGAAUGAAUGAUGGCUCCUCCUGGAUCUACUGCCGCCGGAGAAGAAGAAGAUCAGAUGAUGGUGGAGUCGUCAUCGUACUCUUCGUCUCUUAUGAAUUAUUAUUAUGAUAAACAAGUACAGAAGAACACGAAAUGUAUAAGAAGAAAUACUGAUUUCAUGAUCGGAAAAUCUUCUUCUUCUGAUGGAAGUGGAGAAAGAAUGCAACAACUCCUUCAAUGUCCUAUCUGCGAGAAUUCUAUGUACCCACCAAUUUACCAGUGUCCAAACGGUCAUACGUUAUGCUCAGACUGCAAAACAAUCCGGGUGCAGAACAACAGGUGCCCAGAGUGUCGCCAUGAACUGGGAAACAUUCGGUGUUUAGCUCUCGAGAAAGUUGCAGAAUCGUUAGAACUCCCCUGCCGAUUCAAUGCGCUCGGAUGUCGCGAAAUCGUCCCAUACCGAACUAAACUUAAUCACGAAAAUAAUAACUGCACUUUCCGUCCCUACACUUGUCCCUACGCCGGCUCAGAAUGUUCAGUUACAGGUCAUAUCCCUUACUUAGUCAAUCAUCUCAAGGACGACCAUAAGGUAGACACCCACGACGGGUCCACCUUCAACCAUCGAUACGUCAAAUCAAAUCCAAAUGAUGUCGAAAACGCAACCUGGAUGAUGACUGUAUUCAACUGUUUCGGGAGACAGUUCUGCCUACAUUUCGAGGCGUUUCAGUUAGGCUCGACGCCGGUUUACAUGGCAUUUCUUAGAUUCAUGGGGGAAGAAAAUGAAGCGAGGAAAUUUAGCUAUUUAUUGGAAGUUGGCGGGCAAGGGAGGAAGCUGAGCUGGGAAGGAGUUCCGAGGAGCAUACGCGACUGUCACGGAAAGGUUCGUGACAGUCAAGACGGCCUUUUGAUGACGAGGAAUCUCGCUUUGUUCUUCUCCUCCGGCAAGGAUUCAGAAGAGGACGACUUGAAGUUAAGAGUCACAGGUAGAAUUUGGAAAGAAGAAGAUUAAUACUAAUAAUAAUGUAUAUUGCAAAUGUUUGAAAUCUACUUUUUUUU